CAAGACGGAAACGUGAGCAUCAAAGGUGAGCUUUACUUCCUCGACUCGGUAGCUCCACAAACAAGAAUGACUAACCUGACGGGUCCUCAAGCUGCGGCAGCGAGGAGGCCACGUGUGAAGACGGCGUGCCCGCAGGAGCCAGAGAAGCCCGGGACCAUGGUGGACUGUCUGAAACCGUCGUGGGUGCGACGAGGCCUCACCUUCAUCACGGGCCUGGUGGAGUGUCUGUGUUUUGCAGGAAUCAUAUUUGGGUGGGCUUCGCUCGUUUUCGUACUCAAGAGCGAAGGCUACUUCGGCUCCCUGUGCGUCAACGCCACAGGAACCAAUGGCUCGCAGGUCUUAGAUUGCAGCGGACAGGAUGAACAGUUCUCUCUGGUCUUCACCAUCGCAUCCUUCAUGAAUAACUUCCUCACCCUCGCCAGUGGCUUCAUCUUCGACCACUUGGGCACCUCCGUGGCUCGCUUCCUGGGAAUAGGCGUUCACACCAUGGGUACCUUGAUGGUGGCGUUCUCCAGCUCAGCUCUACCCGGCCUGCUGUUCCCAGCAAUGUCCUUCAUAGCCGUGGGUGGGAUCAUGCUGCUCAUGACCAACAUGCAGGUGGGUAAUCUUUUCGGCGCCCAGCGUUCCACCGUCAUCACGCUUUACAACGGGGCCUUUGACUCUUCCUCAGCGCUCUUCUUAAUCAUCAAGGUGAGUCUGGAACAGUCGGGAGUUCUCAAUCAUCCGUCUUUGACUUCUCAUGAUGAUCUUCCUGUUGUCAUGCAGUUGCUGUACGAGUCUGGGACUUGUUUCCACACCGCUUUCUUCUUCCUGUCUGCCUGCAGCGUCCUUCAUGUGCUCAGGACCAUCUUCUUGUUCCCUAGGAAAUUUAUACCGUACCCGCUGCCUGAUGACUACACAUACGGGCUAUCCUGCAGCAAGCUAAGGCCCUCCAAAGAGUCAAAUGUGACUUUUGAGGCACCAGCAGAGGAAGAGCAAAUGUCAAGCCAUGCACCUGUAGAACAAGAGAAAAGCUUCCGUGAGUGCAUUCUGUCCAGACUAUACUUGUGGCAUGUACUUUGGUUGGCCGUGAUCCAGCUGAGACAUUAUCUGUUCAUCGGCACCCUGAACCCCACGCUGGAGAAGCUCAGUGAUGGAGAGCCUUCACUCGUGAGCCAGUACCUCAACGCCUUUGCUUUCACCCAACUGUGUGGGGUGCUGUGUGCGCCGUGGAAUGGCCUCAUCAUGGACAGACACAAGCGCAAACCCCGGGUGGAAGGAAUGAGUGAGCAGGAAGCAGAUCUGAAUUCCACGGUUCUAUCGCUCUUCCUGACGUCGGCCAUGGCGUUGGUGUUCUCCCUUUGUGCCGCCGUGCCGCUCUUGUCCCUUCAGUAUUUCACCUUCAUUGUGCAAGUACUCAAUCGCUCCUUCCUGUACGGUGGAAACGCAGCGUUCCUCAGUGUGGCUUUCCCAUCACGUCACUUUGGCAAGCUGUACGGCCUCGUCAUGGCUGUUUCCGCAAUCGCCUCUCUACUGCAGUACGCCUGCUUCGCCUUUGUUAAGUCCUUCCUGCACGGAGAUCCUUUCUAUGUGAACGUGGCUCUGGCGGUGCUGGUGCUGCUGGCCUUCAUCCACCCUCUGUCUGUCUUCCUGCACUGUCGAAGGCUCGCGUCUGAGCGAGCUAAGAACCGACUUAAAUAGCCAUCCAAUGAUGACCAAUGACAACAUACUCUGUCAGCGGUGAUGCUGACACACACACUGUUACAUUAGUACUGGUGAUGCUUACUAUUAUAGUAUAUACAGGUGUGCAUGUCUAGUACAUGUGCUAUUUUUAUACUACUACUACUACUAUACACACAUCUUUUACAAGCGAAACAUCAACAAUGCAAGGCAAAGCAAUUAGGAAGCGUAUUAUGCGUCUCCAAUGUUAGCACAGAUGUUCUUGUAUCGCUGAGUCAUGUUUGUCUUUAUGAAAAAGUAUUAUGGACAGCGAGUGGCCACAAAAUGUCCACUCAAAAGCGUGAGUGCUUUUGUACAGGCGAUACCACGGGAACAAAGAUCCUGUUCACACGCUGGCAAGACUGGUUGCCGGUGCAGCGUCGGCAUCCACACGUCAACUGCUGCACCUUCAACACAGCAAUUCAAUGUCAACUGGGACGACUCAGCGCUGCCACCUAGUGGCCUGGCGAGGAACGUGGAAAGUGGCAAGUCCGCAUCAAGGGCUGAAAUGAAUUUUGUAUUACUUUGUUGAAAAAAAAAAACAAAGGUAUUUUGAUGACAUUUAAAGGAGUGUAAGGGAAAAAUUAUUGCAAAUGUUUCUACAUUUCAUUAUUAAUGAUAUUGAACUGUAUAUAUGAAAUUCACUUAUCACAAUCAAUUAAUGGCUAGAAUCAAUUAACCAAGAUAAAUGAGGAAUUUAGUUGAUUCGGGUUAUUAUUCAAGUUUUAUGAAGAUACACUCUGACAGUCUGAGCCAAAAUAAGUCAAAAAUAACUGCCAACUCCCACAACAAAGCCACCCCCCUGCCCCCCGCCGUGCCACUGCUCCCAGUCUAUCACAUUAAGCAUGAGAGUGUUGAUGUGUCGGCCAUGAUGCCAACAAGUGCAUGUCGAUCACCAUAUGCAUAUGCUGAAG